UUCUCCUCAGUUCAAGCCAUACAAUCGUGUAGACAACACGCCUCGUUCGUAGUCUUUUUUUUUCUACGGUCUUUUUGGCGAUUUGUAUUAUUUUUUAAAAUCUAUUUUUCAUUUUGGAGAUUUCUAGCGACGUAGAUUAUUGCGAAAUUUGUGGAAAAUGUUGAAGCGUUUGCGUCAUCAGUUGAAGGCCUUUAAGACGGCCUCUGAAGUAAUAGCAAGUCGUGGCGAGGUCCGCUUGUCCUGGAGACAGCAAGGCGGCUGCCAUCAGGACGCGGUUGAGGGAUCCACUCUGGUGGCCCAGCUCCGACGACGAGAGCAGGAACGCCUGCGGGAGGGAGAUCGGGAGCACUGGCGCCAUAAGGCCACUCCGCCCGCCGGCCGGCGAAGGGAGCGGGAACUGGACCUGGAACGGCAGAGGGAGAGGGAGCUCCAGAGGUUCCUCCCCACGGGCCUGGCAGCUGGCAGUGGGUGUGGCAGCGGCAAUGGAGGCGGCAGCGGCAGCGACGGCAACCGGGCCUUUCCGCCCGAGGUCUCGCCCAUCGAACUGUGGCGCCAGCAGCAGCGCCGGCAGCAGCAGCGGGACGAGCGGCAGCGCCUGGAGGAGCAGCGACUGGAGCUACGCCAGCGGAGGUUGGAGGAGCAGCAGGUCCUGAAGCGCCUGCCCCUUGGACUGCCCGGUGUCCGCACCCCCCGAAGGACACCAUCACCUCUACAGUGUCCGGCUGCCAUUCCGGCGAUCAAGUACCGGGGGAUGCCCCUCCUGGGGCUGCAUCACUUGGACCGGGCCAGGGCGGCGGCGAUGAGCGCCCGGCGACAGGAGCUGCGGGUGCAGCGGCAGCUCCUCGAGGAGGAGCGGAAGGAUCGAGAGGUGGUACCGUUCGCCGGGCCGCUGCACGCCCUGGCCCGCUUCCGGAAGUUCUAAUGAGGAGGUCCUCGCCCAAGGACCCUCCCAACCAGAUGCGCCAACAAAAAAAAGCAAGGACGAUGAACCAAAAAUAGAAUCUGCCGAGACCUACUUAACCCCAGACUGCCGCAAAAUUCCAAAAAAAAAAAAAGAUCAAGGGACUCCCCCGCUUUAAUCUUUGAAUCAAAAUUUUUCGGAAAAUCAUCUCGAAAAUCCCUCGAAACUAACCUCAAAAUCGGAAACAAGGCGAGUAGUUGAUCCCCAGAUUCAAGAUACUCCAUGGAGUAUGUAGUUCCAUCAGAUCGGAGUUAGUUCCAGUGGAAGUAUUACUGUAGUUCCAGUAACUCUAGAGAUCAGUCAGGAUGAUGGGAGAUGACUGUACCGAGCUGUGGAUGUCGCUGAGAGAUCACUGUACGUGUUUGUUUCGUGAUUACAGGGAAUAUGACAAAAUACACUACCUUUAUAAUAUA